AUGGAAGAAGUUCACCGAAAGGACUUUGUCGCCAUCGCCAGGGUUCUUGCUCCGCCAGCGUCGUCACCCCCCGAUCCGUACCGCCGUGUGCGAGCUGAGCUUCUUGCUGCUGUCGAAGACGGACCACAUUCACCACAAUGCCCCUUCGUGUCAUUUGCACCGGCGGCGCAAAAUGACCUUCUCAACAUGAUUGGGACAAUCGCUGGCCCGAAGGGCACACCCUAUGAGGGGGGCUUGUUCCAGAUUUCUCUCUCUAUCCCCUUGUCGAUCUGCUUGAACAUCUUGGAAGAGGAUUGGAGCAAGGCUCUUUCUAUCCGAGUGGUUCUGAUCUCGGUUGCUGCAUUGAUUGGAAGCCCUGGACAAUUUAUGGAAGAGGAGGGCGGGACAUCAAUGCCAUUGCGGCCAGAGGCGGCACAGAUGUGGUUGGAGAACUCGGCAGAGUUUGAGAAGACUGCCCAGGAGUGGACUCGCCGAUAUGCCAUGUCUUUCCAGACCGAGGGUUAG